GAAAUGGUAAAAAAAAAUUACACAUAAAAAAAAUCAUGAUUUUUGUUAACUGGGUGGAUCUUUAUUUAUAUGAUAUCGCAUACGAAAAAAAAAUUUCUGUUUUUACAAUUAUCUAAUUAAGAGAGACUUACAUAAAAGGACACAUACACAUUGUGAGUUUUGUUUACUCUAUAAGACACAAAGCAAUUUUGACACACUUUUUCGUGCCGGCUGUCUUUAUUGAGACAGAAAUGACCUUGGCUAUUACUAAAGAGAAAGAUGCUUAUUUUAAGGAAGCAAACCGAAAAAGAACCAGUUACCUUGUAAUUGCAAUAAAAGAUAAAGCAAUAAAACAAAAAGUUAGAUAUAUGAGUUUAUGAGAAUAUAUCGUGGACGUCAGAUCAUUUUGAAGAAAGCACAUCCAACGAUCCGAAGAUGUGUUGAUUUGUGGACGAGUUUUUGUGGACGAAUUCUUUUGUACAAGGUUUCUCGUAGACAAUUUGUGGAUACUAUAUAUGUGGACAAACAAAUUGGUGGACAUGAAAAUGUUACAAAAUUUUAUGUGGAUACCGUAUCUACCACCACCUUCUCCUCCUCAUGUCUUCCACCUCAUAUUCACAUCCACCACCACAACAUCCACCAACACGGCAUCCACCACCACUUCCUACUCCUCGCAUCUUCCACCUCCGUAUCCACAUCCACCACAACAGUAUCCACAGCCACGGCAUCCACCACCACAUCCUCCUCCUCACGUCUUCCACCUCCGUAUCAACAUCCACCACCAUAGCAUCCACCAUCACGGCAUCCAUAAUCACCACCAGCUCUUCAUCCUCACGUCUCCACCUCUGUAUCCACAACGACAUCCACCACCACCUCCUCCUCUCGAGUAGCCACCUCCACCACUCUUUUUACCCUCAUGAACCAAGAUAAAAAAUCAGACAAGAAAUUAACUUUUCAUAUAUGAAUCUGUUAGAUAUAUUUAUGAAAUUAGGAACAGAGAGUCAUGAUUGAGAAUGGAUUGGAGUUUCUGAAUUCAUGGUGUGACUCACCAAUGGUCGAGUAUGAAGAGCGGGCGGAAAAGUUUCAGAUCGAACAAAAGCUAGAGGUGGAGACAGAAAGCUUGAACAAAGUGACGGUUCCGACGCUUCACCAAAGACGCCACGAUGGAGAUGUCGAAUUUGAGAAAGUGGAUUAGGGUUCAGAUCGAUCUGUGGUUUUAGUAGAAGUUGGUGAAGAGCCAAAAUUAGGGUUCAUGUCUGGGGGGUAAUCGAUUUUGAAAAGGGGAUUUGUCUUACAAAAGUGAAAAAGAUUUCAUUAUAUUUCGAAUUUUUUUAUUUUCCUCACUAGUUUUCUAAUCGUUAUAAUGAAGAUGAGAAAAUCGGUUGGUUCAGUUUCUUGGUUUUACGAUCUAGUUAGACACUUAUCGAAUAGUUACUCUUUACAUAGAUAAGGAGUAGUUAUGACAAUUUACUAAGAGAAAGUGUCUACUUGGGCCAAAGUGUCUAUGAGAGUAAUUCAUAAUUUGAAAUGUGUCUCUGAGAGUAAAUUUCUCUCUAAUUAACUCUAUAUACUCAUUUUUUUAAAUUUUUUUAUAUGAUAUCACACAUUCGUAAAAAAAUAGUUAGUUUAAGAUGCAAAAAAAAAUAUUUACUUAAUAAAUAUAAUAUGAACGAAUAUUACAAAUACAUCAUUUAAUAAAAUAAAUAAUUAAAAACAGAAAAUUCAUAUCCGCGCUGGCGCGCGGAUCAGGAUCUAGUUUUAGUUGCGAGCUAUAAUAUGUAACAUUAUUUUUCAUAUUUAGCACCAAAUUUGUAAAGAAGAAUUUAUCACCGAUUUACAAACAUGGCAUACAGUAUAAAAUCUAUAAAUUAAUACUCAAUUAAAUUAAUAAACAUAAUAGAUUAAUAUUUUUUUGUUCUAAAUUGAAACGGUUUAAAAUAUGACACUAAUCGAUAAGAUCAUAAAAUAAUAACUUUUCAAAAAAUCUAAUAUAAAUAUAUGGUCUCUUCAAAAAUAUAAAUUAAUAAUUUAAUUAUAUGUAUGUACAUUUCUUACGUACAAACAAAUUAUUAUAUUAACAAUUUAAUAUAUUUGAUAAGAUUUAGUAAAAUUAAUAUUUUAUUUUAUAUUUUCAAUGGAGCUAUCUUUAUAAUCUUAACAAUUUAAUAUAUUUGAUAAGAUUUAGUAAAAUUAUAUCUAAAAACAUAUUUAAACUCUAUGAAACAUAUUUUAUAUACAUAAAAUCAUAUAAUCAAACCAAUAAGUACUGGAACCAUAAAAUAUCUAGAAACAUAUUUUAAAAAAUAUAUCUUAAAAUACCAUAAUUACAACAUUAUUAAUUGAUAGUUUUUAAUGUUUUUUUUUUUGAAACUCAAACUUCAUUAAAUUCAUUACUCAAUGUUAGUUGGUGCCAUAAUGGCAAGCUCAGCUGAUAAAACCAGUUUUGCUAAGCCAUCUGCAACUACCUGUCACGAGGGAUCCACACAAAGGAUAGUUUUUAAUGUAUAUCAUCAUAUUAUUAGCAUAAAACUUGGUCUGACUAAUAAGUACUGGAACCAUAAAAAAUUUGGAUAAUAUUGAAAUAAUAUAUUAUCGAGUUAACGCCCCUCGAUUGGAUUAGACCUCCAAUGAUUAUUUUAUCAUUAUUUGAAAUUUUAUUUUCAGUCACACACUGAGCUGACUGAUUCCAUUUACAUUAACUAUAUAAAAUGAUUAAACAUAAAGUGUGACCGGUAAUCAUCGUAAGAAAAAUAUGAACGAAUAGACAAAAAACGAGUAGGAAUAAAAUUUUGGGAAUGAUGAAGAAUGAUGGUUUUUUUAUCAAAAUUAAUAAGAAAUAAAUUUGUUCUAUAAUUUUCUACAAACAAAAAAAUGAAGAAGAAUGAAAAGAAAAACAUAUUCUUUAUAUAGUAAAAUGUUAAAGAAAUGCUAAGGAACAUAGUGUUACUCCUUGUUUCUUUGGUCACUAUUAAAAUUAGGGAAAAUUGGAAAUAUGGAAUAAAAAGACAAGUAGAUUGUCCCUUUGCCAUAAUAUGAAUUAUAAGUUGUCCUAAUGCCAUAAUGAUUUCUGUAAACCCAAUUAAACCCCUAAUCUAAUCUUUUAAACGUUUUUGUUAAUUUAAUUAUGUUAAUAAAAUAUUAUUAUUAUUUUUAAUUAAUUUAAUUAUUAAAAAAAAAUAUAUACAAAAGGGAAAAAAUCGACUAAAAUUUCCCCCAAGCUCGAUGAACCCUAAUUGCUGUCUCCUCCUUUGGCGAUAGAGAGAAAGGACGAUUUGAAGGGGAUCUCGCCGUCGCCGGUGUCGUUUUGGCCGGUAAUACUCCGCCGGUGUUCUUCUUCUUCUUAAUCGAAGUCUCAGAGACCUCGUCUCACUUGGCGACUCGUUCUCAAUUAAGUCGCCGAAGACCGCUGAAGCUCGUACCUCGCCGAUAACUGAACUCGUGCCUCACCGCUCCGCUCUCACUCUCUCAGCCAUAGUUUCAAGCAAACCAAUCGAUUCUCCUCAGGUUUGUUUAUGAAUUUUUUGCAUGUCUUUGUAUCUCUUACUUGAGCUUGUUUAAGAUCGAUUUUGAAUGUCAUAAGUUUCGAUUCUUUUUUCUGUGAAUUAUUAUUUAGGCUUCAAUCUUAUCAAAAUUUCCUACUUUUUUGAGCUUUGGUUAAUUUGUUUUUGUAGCAACCGAUCUCUAGUAACUCUUGUUUUAUCUUGUGAAUUAUAUUAUGAUGCAUGCGUUUAUAAAUAUUGACUGUAGUGAUUGUGUUUCUUGCAUUGUUUAUAGGUAUGACGAUUGAUCAGUUGCCUAAAUGCUUAUUCAAAGAGGGAACUGAAACACAAGUUGAGAAGGUCAACAACAGUUGUCGAACUUCCAUACUUGCGAAGGUGGCGAAGUACUGUCCAGACGAGUACAAAGAAGUGUCGGAGGAUCCGCUAUUUGCUCAGAUUGUGGCCAUUCAUGUACACAAGCUUCAGUUUUCGGCAAGAGCGAUCCACACCUUCGUUUGCAAGCAGCUUCUGUCCGCAAAGCGUUAUGAGUUGUGGUUCCAUUAUGCUAGGAGGCCUCUCAGAUUUUCAAUGCAAGAAUUCUAUGCCAUCACAGGUUUGAAAUACAAUGACGAGCCCGACUUGGAGAUUGAUGACUGGGAAUAUGAUGGAGGGUUUUGGAGUAAGUUGCUAAGGAGACAGAAAAAUAUUUCGGUUCAGCAAAUCAGGAAGGUUCAUGUGAAGUUGUGUAAUACAUGGUCUCGUGUUGAUAGGCUGCGGUUGGUCUAUUUGUGUGUGAUUGCUGGUAUUCUUAUGGCGAAGGAUGAGAAGGUGUGGAUCCCAUACAAGUACAUCAAGCUCGUGAUGAACUUCGAGAAGAUGAGGAAAUAUCCGUGGGGUCUUCACUCUUUUGAUAUGCUGGUGAGUUCCAUUAUCAACGCUAGGGAUAAAGUGAAGACGCAAAACAGUUAUGUCGUAGAUGGAUUCUCGUAUGCACUUCAGAUUUGGUUGAUGGAAGCUGUUCCGGACAUUGGGUCUCUUUUGGGUCAGAAACUGAGAGAAGGCGUGAAAACCAUGAGGUGCAGAAAUUGGAAAGGAUCUGCUAAGAUUUCCUAUGAGGAUAUUAUUACCAUAGAGUCUAAUUUUGCUUCCACCGGAGAUGUGUUUCCAUCCAUUUCUACAUCUGGAAAUUUCAAAGACGUGAUUACUGAUGCCGAGUUUGUUCGAGUCUGUGAGAUGAAGGAUGAAAGAGUUGAUCUAAUCAUUGACAUGCAGCGAAACAAGUAUGACUGGAGUAAGCAUGUUUGGGCUUAUAAGGAAACAGUGAAACCAUUUCAGUACAGUUCUGAGGAAGAUGGUUCAGAUGAGGAAGCGGCUGUAGAGACAAGUGAAACUGAAAUUGAAGAAGAAAUAGAAAGCACCCGUGUGUCUCCUACUAAGAAGAGGAAGAACAGGUUUCGGGAUACUGGUGCGGAGUCGAGGAAGAAGAGGUUACUUUGCCAAAGAUCAACCGAGAAAUAUAGAGAUCUUGAAGAGGAAAUGAAGUCCUAUAUCCAGAGUAUGUUUAACUCUUCUUUUACUGCCUUAGGCCUCGAGGUACGCGAGAUUAUUGAAGACCGCUUUACCAAAUUAGAGGAGAAGAUCCUUUCAUCUCAGACUCAGGGUGGUGCACCUGCUAAUACUCAGACUCGUGGUACUGAUCCGUUUUGGACUCCUUCUGCUGCUGCUGCUGGUGCUGCUGCUGCUGCCACUGCUCCGGCUUCGGUUUCUGGUCGUCCUCCUGCUCCUACUCGGGCUUCUACUGAAGCUCCUGCUUCGGUUUCUACUCCAGGUCUUGCUCCUUCUCGCAGUGCGGCUUCUGCUCCUUAUCGCAGUCGAGCUUCUGCGACUGCUCACAAUGGUGGUCCUGCGAAUGCUGCGAAGACAAGGUCUCAGACAAAGGUAAACAAGAAGUAGAUCAUUUUUCAUGUCUUCGGUUGCUGUUAUAUUUUCAUGUCUUUGGUUGCUUUUCUUUUUCAUGUACUCGGUUUGCGGUUUGUAAUAUUAUUUUAAGAAUGAUGUUGUCUUUGCUGUGUGUAAUAAUUAUGUAAGGAUGAUGUUUUGGAUCAUUUGUGUGAUAUCAUUAUAAGGAUGGAAUCUUUCUUUAAAAAAUA